AUGUCACUUUCUCUUGUAUCAUACCGUCUAAGAAAGAACCCGUGGGUAAACAUCUUUCUACCUAUUUUGGCCAUAUUUCUAAUAUAUGUUGUUUUCUUCCAGAGAGAUCAGUCUCUACUAGGACUUAACGGUCAUUCCAUUUCUCAACACAAAUGGGCCCACGAAAAGGAAAACACAUUUUAUUUCCCCUUCACUAAAAAAUAUAAGAUGCCUAAAUACUCUUAUAAGAAGAAAAGCGGUUGGUUGUUUAACGACCAUGUAGAAGAUAUUAUUCCAGAGGGCCAUAUUGCACAUUAUGAUUUGAACAAAUUGCACUCAACACCGGACGCGGCUGCCAAUAAAGAACAUGUUUUGAUAUUGACCCCAAUGCAAACAUUCCAUCAACAAUAUUGGGACAAUCUGCUGCAGUUAACUUAUCCCCGGGAAUUGAUUGAAUUGGGGUUCAUUACACCAAGAACGGCAACAGGCGAUUUAGCUUUGAAGAAACUAGAAAAUGCUGUCAAAAAAGUGCAAGCAGACAAGAAAGCGCAAAGAUUCAGCAAAAUCACUAUUAUGCGACAGAAUUCACAAAGUUUUGACAAGUUGAUGGAGAAGGAAAGACACGCUUUGGAUGUUCAGAAGGAGAGACGUGCUGCAAUGGCUUUAGCACGUAACGAAUUACUAUUUUCCACGAUAGGACCUCACACUUCUUGGGUUUUGUGGUUGGAUGCUGAUAUCAUAGAGACGCCAACAACUUUAAUUCAAGAUAUGACCCAACACAACAAAGCAGUCUUAGCUGCCAAUAUCUAUCAAAGGUUCUAUGAUCAAGAGAAAAAACAAUCGUCAAUUAGGCCAUAUGAUUUCAACAAUUGGCAGGAAAGUGACACGGGUUUAGAAAUAGCCUCUCAGAUGGAUGAUGAUGAGAUUAUCGUCGAGGGUUAUGCUGAAAUUGCCACUUACAGGCCUUUAAUGGCCCAUUUUUACAGCGCCAAUGAACUACCAAGUAAGGAAAUGGUGUUGGACGGUGUUGGCGGUGGUUGUACCUUGGUUAAAGCUGAAGUUCAUAGAGACGGUGCUAUGUUCCCUAACUUCCCAUUCUACCACUUAAUUGAAACGGAAGGUUUUGCUAAGAUGGCUAAGAGACUGAACUAUGAAGUAUUUGGUUUACCGAACUACCUGGUUUAUCACAUUGAGGAAGAAAACCAUUAA